UCGAAGAGUUUUAAGCUGGUCGAUCUCCGAUUUGGUGACUUAGGCGUUAUCUCAGGAACCCUAAUUUGUGUUUUCUCCGGUUGCGAAACCUUCUGUUGUUCGUCGUCGAAGUUUUCAACGAUUCUAAGAUCAGAGUGUUAAACAUUAAGAUAAUGUCUGGAAGAAAUCGUGGACCUCCUCCUCCUUCAAUGAAAGGUGGAUCUUACAAUGGCUUACAAGCUCCGAUUCAUCAACAGCCUUUCGUUAGAGGCUUGGGAGGAGGACCAGUGCCUCCUCCUCGUCCUUCUAUGAUUGAUGAUAGUAGAGAAACCCAAUUUAGAGUGGAUGCAAGAGGUCUUCCUCCACAGUUUUCGAUUUUGGAGGAUCGUCUCGCUGCUCAGAAUCAAGAUGUGCAGGGUUUACUUGCUGAUAACCAGAGGCUGGCUGCUACUCAUGUUGCGCUUAAACAGGAGCUAGAAGUUGCUCAGCAUGAAUUGCAAAGAAUGAUGCAUUACAUUGAUUCCUUGAGAGCUGAGGAAGAGAUUAUGAUGAGGGAGAUGUAUGAUAAAUCUAUGCGAUCCGAAAUGGAAUUGCGUGAGGUUGAUGCUAUGCGAGCUGAGAUUCAAAAGGUCCGUGCGGAUAUCAAAGAGUUUACUUCAGGUAGGCAGGAACUAACGAGUCAGGUUCAUGUCAUGACUCAAGAUUUGGCUAGACUUACAGCAGAUUUGCAGCAGAUACCAACACUAACUGCAGAAAUUGAGAACACAAAGCAAGAGCUGCAACGCGCAAGAGCGGCUAUUGAUUAUGAGAAGAAAGGGUACGCUGAAAACUACGAGCAUGGCAAAAUUAUGGAGCAUAAAUUAGUUGCAAUGGCUCGGGAACUGGAGAAGCUUCGAGCAGAGAUUGUUAACUCAGAAACGAGGGCUCAUGCAACUGGUCCUGUUGGGAAUCCUGGUGGAGUUGCUUAUGGUGGUGGCUAUGGAAAUCCUGAGGCUGGGUAUCCUGUGAAUCCUUAUCAACCCAACUAUGCCAUGAAUCCAGCACAAGCAGGCGUUGUUGGCUAUUAUCCUCCUCCAUACGGACCGCAAGCUCCGUGGGCUGGUGGCUAUGAUCCGCAACAGCAGCAGCAGCAGCAGCCGCCACCACAAGGACAUCGAUGAAGAAGUCAAAAUCGUCAAUUUUUCCAGGAAACUCAUGAAACUAAAGCAGCCUCCCUUUUGUAACUUUGCUCUAAUAGUCUGAUAGAAUGUGAACAAAGCCAACAUAUUAAAGUGUUGUUAAUUAA